AUGCAUGAUGCGCCUGCGUCUCCCCCUGCUGAAGAAAGUCCAUCAUAUCCACUAGAAGCGACACCAUCUCCUCCUGCCCCUGUUGAUGUGCCGGCAUCGCCAAUGGAAGAUGUGGUCCCUGGGGCAUCACCUAUUGAGAGUGGAGAGGACUCCUCGGCACCUGUCUCUCCUGAAGAAGUGCCAGCAGAUGAGCAAUCAGCAGAGGUUUCAGGAGAAGGUGAAGAUGGACAAGAAAAUGACGAAAAGGAGAUCGCAGACAUCAAUGAAGGCGACGAAAAAGCCACACAGGACAAUGCAUCUUCGCAAAAGGAAAUUGAAAGUCCCGAGGCUGAACCGGAAGAAGAGGAGGGGGAAGAGCUAGAAGAGAGCAGUUUGGCAGCUGGUGGACCAAGUGACGACAUUGCUUCCCCUGCACCAGAGGAGUCUAAAGAGGCAGAUGAUGGUGGUGUCCUCCUGGGCAACCUCCUUGAUACUGAAGAUAUAUCUCCUUCUUCUGAAGAAGGCCUUCUUGAAGAUACCAGUAAUGGCAUGGAGGAUAUAUCGGAGCCUGGUAGCACAGAUGGCUUGGUGGACAAUCUUGAAGCUGUUGUCAGGGAGCAGGACGAGGCUUGGCGACAAGAGUCAAAGGACAGUGAAUGCCCAGUGCAUAAAGAGCGGAAGACAAAGCACAAGAAAGAAACUUGUCAGUAUCGGAAGCACCGGCGUCACCGGCGGACGAACAGCAAUAAUGAGGACCGUGAAGAAGGUGAGAUUGUUGAUGAAAAGUCUCCGUCAUCUUCAAGCCGACAACGAAAGGAGGUAGAGACAACUGCUGAUGACUUGGCUGAGUUGGCACCACGCAUCAACAUUUCAGAGUUGCCGCGAAUACCCAAGCUCAAACGUAGUGAAAAAGUAGCAAGUCACAUUGCUGACAGUGAAUCAAGCAUUGGAGGUGAUAGCACAAGUGCAACUGCAGCAUCGCAUGUCGAAGUGAAGCGCACUAGUGUGUUGGGUCGGGUUGACUCUGGCAGUGAUAUCAGCUGGAAGAAGCUGUCAAAGCACUCGCAGGAGCAUAGCUUUGAGCUCAAGUACCGCAAAGGCAGAGACAACGGUAACGCCGAUGGUCUGAGCCGAGGUUUUUCGUAG